GGCCUCACAAGGGGAGGGCAACCUUUUGAUAUCUGCUUCUAAAAAGAUCAAGAAGACAGUGUAUACUCACUCUUCCACCCCUGUCUCUACCCGUUCUCAAGCUCUUAAGGAAGCCAUGGGGCUUCAAAAAGUUUCCUUAUGAUUUUGCUGAAUUGGAAUACCCGUGGUCUACUAUCUUCGAGUAGCAGACUACAAAGUAUUAUCACUCAAUGGAACAUUUCUCUUUUUACAGUCUUUGAACCAAUGGUUUCUAUAACUUCUACUGAACUUUACAAAAAUCAGCUCGGUUUUAGUCAUGUUUACCCGAAAAUGGACAACAGGAUUUGGGUUUUCUGGAAGGAGGACUUAUUCACCAUUGACAACAUUCUGGAAUCAGACCAAUAUGUCCAUGUUAAAGUCAUAGUGAGAGACCUUGGAUACACUUUUUGGCUAACCAAUGUGUAUGGAAAAUACACUAGAGGUGAUCGGUCAAGGCUAUGGAACAACCUGAGAACCUGGAAGGACGGAAACAACGAACUAUGGGUGGUUGGCGGUGACUUUAACGUCAUUGGUUCCCUUGAUGACCACCACGUUCACAGGGAGCAAAUACACAUGGACCGGGGUCCGCUCCUCUGGCAGGGAAUGGAGGAGACUGGAUAGGACGACCCUCUUCAAGGAUACCGGCUGACCGGAACGCGCAAGGGCGGCUGGAUCUUCCUCUCAGGAAUAUUCUAGUCAUUAGUAGGGUUGGGGGACAUCGUUUUUGGCCGAUUAUGUUCUACGCCAGACUUUUUCUUUUCUGUUGGACUCACGCUGUUUAAAACGUGCAUAUCAUUUGAUAUGUUCUUUACAAACCUUAAUUUAGUAAAACCUGUUUGAUAUGCACGAUGGAAAAAAC